ACACCGUCAUGGGCUCCAUCGACCGUGAUAGUGUGGUCGUAUCACGUGCCUAGCACCGAGGCGGGAUCCAACUCGGGAGAUUUUCCGCAAGAGGGGAAACACGACGUAUAUUGCCGUGAGCAGGGUUCUUCGAGGCUCUCCCGUUUCCAACACCCAUUUAUUGUUCCGCCGUUACUUGGUCAACUCAUUUCAUGACUUUUUCAGGACCGUUCGGUAAAAUUUUCUUACAGCUUUCUUCAUUUCACAGGGUCGUUUAAUAUAUAUUAUCACAAUUAGACAAAAUACGAAACAUAUCCAUAAUAUUCGUUGGGACGCGAUCAUUUCUUUUUCUUAAGAGAUUUUUCAGAGAUAACUUCAACAUGAUUCAAACUGACAAUUAUAAAUGUGCUGCUAUAAACUCAAUCGAGACCUCGAAAACAAUACAAUUUAGUCAAGCGGCGUUUUAAAUUAAAAGUUUCGUGACUUCCAGCUCCGUUACUGUUUAUUUCGUGAAUUUUUUUGUGACUUUCUUGACCAGUUCUCGAGUUUCUUUAAUUUUUCGUCACCUGCGUGACUUUCGAGUCCUGUAGACAUCCUGUCCUCAAUUUCUAUCUAGUGUUACCAACAGACGAGACUUUUAAGCCACAGUUCAAUCCUUCAUUCACGUAAGGUCGCGCCAUUUGGAACACUGGUUUAGAAUUCACGUCCGGUAAUAAUGUCCGGUAAUAGUGUGUCCGCAAAGUAAUGGCACGUGCUGGGGUGGUUCCGGCCGCCCAGCGCGGAUCCUCUCGCAGCUGGAGAGAAGGUGGCGUGAGAAAGAGAAAGAGAGAGCAGGGACAACAAUGAGGCCGCAGUGGAAGGGGGCCGGCGAGCAGCGACGGAGCCCGCCAGUCUGCCAGUGUGUGGCAUGGACCGGUGAGACAUGGACCUCGCCGUCAUCGCGUCGCUCCUGCUUCUGGCACAGCUGCUGAGCCCCGCGGGCGGCCGGGUGCGCAUCAAGAAGGUGCGCGCGCCGUCGGUGAGCGAGCUGGGGGCGGAGUCGCGCCAGGACCUGGACGACAGGAACAUCGCCAAGCCGGAGAGCAGCACGCCGCCCGGCUUCCUCAGCCCCUCCGUCAAGGAGUACCUGCAGCUCGGCAAGUCCAUACCGGGACGACCGGGCACGGACUACCCGGUACUGCACAGCGUUCCCUACACGAACUUCUACUGCGACGAGCAGCCGUACCCAGGCUUCUUCGCCGACGUGGAGACCCGCUGCCAAGGGUGGCACUACUGCGACCUGGACGGCCGCCAGGCCACCUUCCUCUGCCCCAACGGCACGCAGUUCUCGCAGGCGGUGUUCGUGUGCGACUGGUGGUUCAACGUGCGCUGCGAGCUCAGCCCGGCGCUGUACCCCAUCAACAAGCGGCUGUACGGUACGCCGACGGCCGAGGAUCCGGCACGCUCGCAUCGCGCCAUCACGCGCGAGCUGCUCGAGAACAUCUUCGUGUAGCCCGAGGAGGUCAUCCUCUUUUCCCAAGGAAGAUAAAACCCUCAUUGUCCAAGGAAGAUGAAACCCUCAUUGUCCAAGGAAUAUGAAACCCUCAUUGCCCAAGGAAUAUGAAACCCUCUUUGCCCAAGGAAGACGUAAUCCUCAUUGCCCAAGUAAGACGUAAUCCUCCUUGCCCAAAGAAGAUAUAAUCCUCCUUGGUGUAGCCACCGCUUCCCCCGGUGCCACAAACCAGACUAAUGAUGGGCAACGACUGAUUGUCUUUAAGUACACAGAGCCAACAUUAGCUUACGAUUUGCCAACAAAUCCGUUCAAUUCACCUCGUGUAAACAAUGUAAUGUGUAACUGUUCACAGAUGGUAAUCCAACAGACAUAAGUUUAAAAGUAAAGCAGUAAUUUGACCUAGGACAAAUCGUGAGGGUUACUGGAAAAAAGUUGGUAAUCAACAUAAGUAGGUACGAUUAUUCUGCAGUCGACAAUCACCAGAUUUAAAGAAUCACACAUCAAUUUUCCUCCAAAAACACGAUAUCCAAAUCUACUAAUAAUGAACUAUCAAAAAGUUACUGCAUAGUACAAAGUUCUGUGAGGUUUGAUAGCCUGAACGACCCGAAAGCUACAUCCGUCAUUAGUCACGCUUUACGACUGUUCCAUUGGCAAAUAAGUCAUUCAAUGUUCAGAAUUAGUUGCAUACCUCACGCCACAAGUCCAAUUUACAAUCUAAACAGCGCAAUGAUUUGUAUCCAUUCCAUUUUCAGCCAAAAUUUUGUAGAUGCCACUAACGUACUCACUUUAAAUAUAAAACUUUUAAAAGCUUGCAAAUCGAUGACAAUCAAACAUGAAUCUAUUUUAACUGAUGCCAGCAGCAUUCGCAAUGAUCGUUUUAAAAGCUUGGUAUUUGUAGAGUACUAAAAAUACAAAUACAUACUUACAGAUUUCUAAAAACAACCAUUUCAAAAUUACAUCCUUAAAAUAACUUAAAAAUGGGUCAAUAACCAAUAACUCCCCCCCCCCCCCCAAUAUUUAAAGAUAAUUGUCAGUAAAGGUACUGUGUUUACAUUUUUCGACUUGACACAUAAAAUAAUAAAUAGCUAUCAACAUUUUGCUCGACAGCUUUGAUAUAAACUUAAAUGUUAUAUAUGUAACAGCUGAAAAAAUUGAUUACACCAUCAGGGCGAUGUAAAAGCUAAAAAUAAACUAUUCAAAAUAGGUGGACUCCAAAUAAAGUCCCAAGAUAGGCCUAUGCCAGAGCCAUCAACGAACGUUAAUAAAAAAUAUUUGAGUGUUAUAACUAGCAAAAAACAAAUUAGGCAGCGAACAUUGAUCUCAAAUAUCACUACUGGUUCAAUUACAAUCGAUACCAAGUCAUGUGUAAGUGUAAUGCCACAGUCAUAGUCAAAAUGGACCACAGAGGCGAUGACACACCGACGCGAGGUUCUUUUUAGAUGCAAUGGAAAAAAUAUCUCCCUAAACUAAAACAUAAUGUUGUAGUAGCCAGCCGAAAAAAAAACGCACAGGUUCCAAAAGAAAAAAAAGUAAAUAAGUAUUAUUACAAGCAACAUCAAAUCUAAACGAAAAAAUUAAAAUAAUACUGUCUGUCAUAACAAAUGUGCCUUUGCUACCAAAAAAAAGUUCCGCCUGUAGUAAACAUGUUUAAAAAACACCUGUACUCAUAUAUAAAAAAAUUACAUUUAACAUUUUGAAAUACCAUUCAGUUUACUUGUACACCACAGCGAUGUGGAAACAAACUUAAGCUAAAACCCACUCCACUACCUUUAAAACAAAUACAAAAUAUUUAUAUUAAAAAAAAAGAGCAACCGUUUACUACUUUACUGUUUGUGGUAACUUGUAUUUAUUUCACAUGAUCUGAAACAUCGUUUCAUUUAAAUACAUUUUUUUUUAACUUAAUUUCUUAAGAUUUAAGUUGAAAUUUAACAUCCCGUAUCAGUGUUACAUCAUGAACACAGCAGUUUCACAUCCCUCUCUAGGAUCUUCUUUCAGUGUAUAAUGAUGUUAAAAUACGAAAUAACAAGUAACAAGUCCUAAAGUUAACUUUUGUUAAUAUCCCCGCAUAAACUUAAGUAAAUGUUGCGCGACUGCGGGCAGAGAUAUGAGAGAGACAAACGGAUUCUGAAUGUUAGAAAUAGCAAGAACUCAGUGGAAGGCAAAUAUGCUGUGAAAUAAAUUCCCUGCAACAUUUAUCAUCUUUAAAAGUAAAUUAAUAUCCAAGGCAUCAAUGACAAACUGUCGCCACCGAGGACUAUGUCUUCCUACACGGCUACGGAUGUCAUCACCAGGUAAUAUUGCCGGGCCAGCAGUAUUAUUAAAUCUGUUAAGUCUGAACAAUCUCGUAAGGUUAUACUGAAAAACCGCGUGUGUGUGCGGCGCACUAGAUUAAGUAAUUAAAAAAAGAGAGAAAUGAACUGAAGUUUAAAGGUUUUUUUUUAUAAAAUAAACUAAUUAAAAUCC